UCCAUCCACCUCUGUGUCGCCCUUGUAAUAACGAAGCAAAAACCUGUCCACUUGUCACGCGUCCUUCUUUUCGUCCUCUGGUCUUCUGCCUAGCCCGGCGCAUUCGCCGAUGUCGCAUUCUCGGCCUCGCCGGGACUGGGAGGAGGACCAUGGCGGUGCUGGUGGUGAAGACCGGCGGGGAUCACCGCAGGCGAAGCGACCGAGAGGCUGCUGCUCCUGCUCUUGCUGCCUAGAGAAAAAAGAUUUCUACGAGAGCCAAAAUGAAAUACUCAAGAAGGAAAUGGAAUGUAUGUCAAAGGGUUUCGUGGAGGAGCGCAAAACCCUGCAGAAAGAGAUGCAACAAUUUUACCAAAGUUCCCAGCUGCAGCUCCAUGAACUAAUCACUGAGCAAGGCAGGAGGAUGCAAGAAUGUCACAAGAAUUUCCGGCUAAUAUGGGAACAGUUAAACAACCAACUUUUGAAGAUAGAAAAUUCUGGAGACCAUGUUCAGCAAUACAGUAAUCCCAGGACUUGCUCUGAUGAAGGCGAACAUAGAAAAUAUCGAAUGAAAUUUGAGAACAAAUGCUGCGAUACCCAGUACUCGAGACAAGACAUAAUGGCAGAUGAUGAUCAUCCUCUAAAGGUAGCUAUAUAUGAUUGUGAUAACAGGAUCAUUACAGAAGGACCCUUAUCCUCAAUUCAAGUUAAGGUUGUUGUCCUUCACGGUGAGUUUAACAAUGAUCAUAAAGAGCAUUGGAAGCGAGAAUACUUCCAUGAGAAAAUGAUAUCUAGCCGGCCUGGAAAACCACCAUUACUUUCUGAAGACUUGUAUCCAAGGUUGGAGGGUGGUAUGGCUAACAUCUAUGGUGUCAAAUUCCAAGACAAUUCAAGUUUUGUUCCAAGCAAAAGAUUCAGGCUCGGAGUCAUGGCUGCUGAUGAUAGUAUGUCAGAGAAGAUCCAGGAAGGAAUAUCUGAAUCUUUUGCCGUAAGGGAUCGUCGGGGAUUAUCAACAAAGAAAAAUCCCAAUCCAUCAUCACGUGAUCCUGUAUAUAAACUGAGUGGAAUUGCAAUGAAAGGUGAUCGGCACAAGUUACUAGAGCGUCAUGGUAUCAAGCAGGUGGCGGAUCUCUUACGUUUGCACAGUAAGAAUCCGGAAGGUUUACGUGAAAUUUUCGGGAAGAUUUCUGACCAUGACUGGGAUAAGAUCAUUAAUCAUGCUCGUAAAUGCAAUCAAGUAGCACAAAUAUACUCUACUUCCAUUCAGGAGAAUAAUGUGCCUCAUGAGCAUGAGCCAUUUUCUAAAACCAAUGACAGUAGUUACCUCAAAGGACCAUGCUCAAUGCAACCAAGUCCCACACCAUAAAAACAAAUUCAUGCCCAAGUCCAUCACCAGCAAAUUGCUUCAAGUUAUAAUGGACCAUCAUCCGGUACAUCAUCGGAAAAUGCACUGCAGGCCUCCUGCUUGGCAGCAGCACCAGGGCUCACAUUCAUGAGAUCAGACCAGCACGUGAUGCCAUAUGGAGAACUUGGGGGCAUUCAAGCUACAGGCCAGCAAGUUACAUGCAUAGGAAGUGAGAUUCUGUCAGCUAGCACCAUGGAUAACAAUAUCUUAGAUGGAUCUAACUCAGAGCAAGUAGGGCCUCUGGAUGGCAACAUAAUUCCUAAUGGGAACAGACUACCCACUGGCAUUGAUCUUUCACAGUGGCUGGAUAUCCUGCAGAACCAGACAUUUGAUGACUCUGUAGUCACAGAAACUCCUCCUUGGGGAGUUUCCAACAAUGCA